GCAAAGCAGAGAAUGGAACACGACCAACGAUGUUUGUGUUGUAGAGGUUGCACGACUACUUCGGCCCGAUGGUCGUGCGACAACGGUGGUUUAUGUGGACGACUGCAACCACUUACAGUUUCACCCACUUCAGCACGACGUCCGACUCGGAUAUAUUACGCCUGAUCCAGACGAAGCUGGUUCGCACAAGUUUCUACAGAGUAUUAGUGGUGUUAUCACCGUUCCAAGCAUCACGCUUCGCACACAGUAAAGCAUCGCUGGUAUUGAUGCUGACGUUUCUGACGAAACAUGUACGUGUCGUUGCAGUUGGUGCUCUCGGUCUGCUGCAUUAAACUUGCCAUCAUGUGCAGCCGCGGAUAUAUUGAACCAUUGCGUGUACUCUACAGAUACUCUGGGCUACGCUUCUUGGUAAUCAGCGAGCUGUGCUCUACCACGGCGCUGUGGCCUGGAGAGGCUUGUCAGACGAUCGCGAGUUUGAAGCUGAACUUGCUGGCGUCGAAGUUAAUUAUGUGGGCGACGAUGCUGCAAUACGUCCGUCCCAGUGAAAGCGCGACCGAGUCAACUAGCCGCAUGACAACUUCCAUUUGCAAUGCAUUUGACUGCUCUGCUAUAUCAGUGAAGAAUGUUUUGAACGACCACAGGACGACGUUCGACAACUUCGUCAAGAGUAUCUCGCGAAUGGAGUCGAGUAUACGUCAUUGAAGCGGAGGUUCAUUUGGCUACAGAUUCUCUUGGAGAUCGUCUUCUAAGCGCAGAUACAACUGAGUGUGUAGUGUUUCAAUGCCAAUGACCCGGCGUCUGGUCUCGAAAUAUUCCUUGUCAGCGUUGUUUGUUGCAAGCAAUAGAGAGUUUCGGUGAAGAACAGGGCACAAUGAACUUCUUCGCCGGGAAGUCACCUCACGCGUGAGUUUGCACAAGAAAUCGACAUUGUCGUGGAAUCAAUGACCCUACGUGCUUCAUGCAGUGGUUGACUACCGCGGGUUACAUCGAAACCAUCGCCGAAAAUGUCGGUCAGACACUUUUGAGUUACUCCACUUCGAUCUUGUCGUACACAGUCCAUCAGUCUUUAAUAUGAAGCUUCGCCGACUGCUCGGAGAUCGACCUCCAACCGGUAUUUCCCUACCGCUGUCUACUAUUUGAGGGUAUAAAGUGGAGCAAGUUGUGGAUUCGUAAGCGACCCGUAGUUUGAGAGCAUACCCACAAUAUAGUUCUCCAAUACCUUGAGAUCCUCUUCUGCCUGUGCGUCCG